UGGUAUGCGCCGAGAGAGGAACCGAAAAUGGCGACGGUAGCUAGUGUUGUGUCGCGGCGUGUGUUAUCGUACGCAUGUUAUUUUCGCAAUGUCACGCGAGUGUACACAUCGUGGCGUGUCAACAGUGGCUUCAAGAGAUGCCGGAAAGGUACCGAGUUGCUGGCCAUCGCUUCUGUCACCUUGCUGGCGCAGCAGUAUCUACGACCCAAGGUGGUGCAUGCGUUGAAACCUCGCAAAAGAGAAGAUGAGUUACAUAAAGCUGUGAAAUUGACAUCGAGGGAAAGAAGAUUCAUAAAAUUCGCAUCAGUGGCGUACGAUGGUCAAUUAUACAUGACUCCGCAAGACUUUCUUGAAAGUGUCGUUGAUGCUGAACCUCGACCGAGGUUAAAGAGACGAGUACUGACCGAUCAGGAACUCGAAGUGAUGAGAAAUUCGACUUCCAUUAUACGUCAUGGAAGCACGCACAUGUUCCGAAAUUUACGAGACAAAGGAAUUAUUUCUUACACGGAGUAUUUGUUUCUUCUGUCUAUCCUGACGAAGCCGAAAACUGGUUUCCAAAUCGCCUUCAACAUGUUCGACACCGAUGGAAACGAAAGAGUCGACAAAACUGAGUUUCUUGUGAUUCGUCGUUUACUCGGUGGCAGUAUGAAGAAACGAAAUCUUGACGAGCUGACGAUACGUGCAUUACGUGCCAUAAUUACUCCCAGCGAAGAAAAUCUGGGCAAGGCAAAGCUUCGCGAAACUCGUCCAACUAAAUCAAACGAAAUUACCUCAAAUUCUUAUUUGGAAAAGAUAUUUAGUCACGCGUGGAGAGGUCGCCAUGGAUGUGAAACCGAAGAGGAAUUGGAACAAUUACAGACACGUCAGAAAACACCGGAAGAAAUUCAAGGCCAAUUUAUAGAUGAUGACCAGGGUUUACAGCGACGUCAUGCUGUGGAUACCACAUUGAUGGUACAUUUCUUCGGCAAAGAUGGUACAAAUGAAUUGAAAUACGAGGAUUUCAAACGCUUUAUGGAGAACCUGCAGCAUGAAGUAUUAGAAUUGGAAUUUCAUGAAUUCAGCAAAGGACACAACACGAUUAACGAAUUGGAUUUCGCUAAAAUUUUAUUACGAUAUACAUACCUCGAACCUGACGAGUACGAUAAAUACUUGGACAGAAUGUUGGAUCGAGCAGAUUUGCACAUUGGUAUUACGUUCGAGGAAUUUCGUCGCUUUUAUCAGUUUUUAAACAAUCUAGAUGAUUUUUCUAUAGCAAUGCGAAUGUACACGUUAGCCGAUCAUCCUAUAUCUAAAGAUGAAUUUCAACGGGCUGUAAAGAUAUGUACGGGAUCGAUGCUUUCGACUCACAUAAUCGAUACAGUCUUCGCGCUGUUUGAUGUGGAUGGAGAUGGACAACUCUCCUACAAAGAGUUUAUAGCAAUUAUGAAAGAUCGAUUACACAGAGGCUUCAAGUCUCAACAACGUAACGAAGGUUGGGAGGCAUUUAAAUUUUGUGUGAAACAAGAGAUGAAAGCGCCUUAAUGGAAAUGGG